AUGAUAAGUCCAGUCAACAGUCCAACGGAACCAGUUGGAAAAAAGAAGAAGAAAUUAAAAAAAAAGAAGUUGGAGUCGGUCACUCCCGAAGUCUCUCCAGAUAGUCGUUUUGUGGCUAAAGAUGGUAUGAACGACGAAGUCAUGGAAGAAGCAACUGUAGAUACAGAUGAAGGCCAUGACGUUGCGGAAGAGGGUGGAAGUUCCCAGAAGGAAGGGGCAUCUAAAGAUGCCAACGAAGAUGACGACGACAUUGAUAACCCAGAGUCUAAGCAGAGGAAGUCGGGAGUACUUUAUUUUUCUCGGAUCCCUCCGAAGUUCACGCCAUCAAGAUUACAAGAAUAUUUCGAGAAACAUGCUCCUGGUAUGAUCGGCAGAGUUCAUUGCACGCGUAAUAAAAACGCAAAAACGAUUGAAAAUCGUUACUCAGAAGGGUGGUUAGAAGUAAAAAAGAAAAAGGUAGCGAAAGCUUUGGCUGCUCGAUUCGACAAUACUCCUGUUGGAGGAAAGAAACGGGAGUACACGUCAAGUGUUUUGUGGAACAUCAAAUAUCUCAGUUCAUUUAAAUGGGUCCAUUUGAUGGAACAACUACAAUAUGAACGAGCAGUUUCAAUGCACCGCAUGAAUGCCGAAAUAGCGCAAGCGAGAAGAGUUGCUGCUCAUUUUGAAGAACAAGUUGAUAAAGGACGACAUCUCAAAAGAUUGGAAGAGAAGGCUCUUAAGGCUGGUGGUCUUUGGAACAAGUUUCAGCGAGAAAUUGAACAGCGAAAAGUUGUGAAAUCGAAGGCAAAGAAAAAGAGGCUGAAGUCAAAGCAACCGCACUCCGCUGCUAAAGAUGACGAAGUUUUGCAAAUGAUAUUUGCUGAGUAA